AUGAAAAUCAGACACCUUACAGCACUUGUCACUGCCGUCAUUGCCAACUCAUGGCUUGUGUCACCCACUUUGGCUCAAGACAAUGGCUCAUACGAUGAUGGCGAUGGUUCUUGGGAUGAUAACGGGGACGACGGUACUGGUGACGACUAUGGCAAUGGAGACGACAAUGGCUAUAAUGAUGAUGACGGCACCGGUGAUGAUACUACUGGAGACGAUUACGAUGAUAGCGGCGAUAAUGGUGAUUACGAUGAUGGCAGCGGAGACGGCUAUGAUGACAGUGGAGACAAUAAUGAUGGUGGUGAUUAUGGCGAUGGCGACGGCGACGGCGACAGCAGCACAGGCCAAGAUGAUGGCACCAAUAACGAUGAUGGCAGCACUGAUGGCUCCGAUUCAACCGACACGUGGGAUGACAACAACAACAGCGAUGGCACCCAACAACCCACGGAUGAUGGUGAUAAUGCAACAGCUACUGAUGAAUGGGGUAAUCCAAUCACCACAUCAACCGAUGAUAUGGGUGCUUCUACCACUAUGAGCGCUACGUUAGAACCAUCGACUACUACCGAUAGUAGUAGUAUUGCACCCACCGAUACAUUGCUUAGCAGCUUUACUAACAGCAGCAUUGCACCAAGUGAAACUGCCACCCUGUCAACCACGGAUGAUGGCAGCAGCAGCAACAAUACCGGAAAGAUUGUAGGAGGCGUAGUAGGUGGAGUAGGUGGUGCCCUGGUGGUAGCUGCCAUUGCCUUUUUUAUUAUUCGCCGUAAACGAAAGAACAAGCAUGAAGAUGUUGAAGUUUUCCAACCACGCGAUGAACUUCAGGAACCUCGUGCUUCAUGGAUGUCUGGUUCUCAGCCUGCUAGCCCUGCAAGCAUGUCACAGCCCUUGACCCAUUCAUAUCAACAACACCAGCAUGGUCCUCCUCCCACCCCCGUUCAUCACGCAUAA